AUGGCUCAGCGAGACUACUCUAUUGAAUUCGACUUCAGCCACAAGGAUUUUGAGAAAGCCCUUGAUGAAGGAAGAUCACUGGAUUCGUUAUGCAUAACAGAAGAAUUUCUCGAUACUCAGAACACGAGACCAACAGAAAAGAGGUUGGAGGCCAUCCUAUCGAAAAUAAGUGAGAUGUGGUCGCUUCAGGGUGUCUACCUGUCACUUCAGAAGACUGCAAUUCCCGGCAGAUUGUUGCCGCUGGCCAUUAAUCCUGGACUACAAGAGUUAAAAGUGCAUUCUGGCUUGGAAAUUAACAGUCUACAAGAUUGCGACAUACUUGCAGCUACUCUGAAGCAAAAUGGACUAAGUCUGAAACGGAUUUCCUUGCUGAACAUUAGAGUGCGACUAAAUGCCAUGGCAUCUCUGGGGAGAUUUGCACUCGGAUCGCAGAAACCUAUUCUCGAUCCCUUGCUGGAGGCGGUUCCAGAUCUUGAAUUUUUGGAAACCUUUGAGAUUAGCUGCCGUGAUUCCGAACAAAACACUAAAGGAAAGCCGCUCAUCUCAACCGAUUCUUUGCGAAGCUUGUGCCAGUCAUUAUCGCUGAAACGAUUCAAUCUGUCAAACCUGGGAUUAGGGGAUGAACAUUUUAUGGCAAUUGCGCAAGAACUAUCCAAGAAGCCACCCACACUACAAGAACUUAUCUUGAAUGAGAACUUCAACACAGAGCUUGGUGUUGAAAUGAUUAUUAGAAUGCUCCUUGACACACCCAACACUACCAUCCGGACAUUUCAGGCAUUUCAAAAGACGAGCCAGCUCAGUCCGGCCUGUAUUAGCCUGAUGCGGCACGUGCUAGAGAAACACAAUACGACUCUCACCAGCAUUUCGAUAUCCACUUCCACGGACCAGGAAAUGGAUACCUUGCAGUAUUUCGAACAACUCAACUCGGCUGGGCGCCAUUUGUUCCUACAAAAGCAUUCCACUGCAGACGAUUGGAUUCGACUGCUCGAGUCAGUCAAUGACGAUCAUUCGAUGAUAUUUUAUUGCCUGCGGCAAAGCAAGUUUUGGUGGAAUUGCAUUGACCUUGGGAGGUCAUUGUCGCGACCGCUCAUGAAGAGCAAAACAUUGGACACGGAUACUGGUGAAGAGCAAAGUGACAAUGAGGUCAAGGUGGUAGUCGGUGAAAGUGACGAUGAAAAUUCGGAAGAAUUGAUGGAACAGUUGAAGUCACUGGGAAUGUCGAAUGAGCUCGAGCUGGACUACAGUGACCACGAAACAAACGUGUCGUCACAGGCGAGUGAUUCCUACUUGGACGAUUUGCACCGACAAAAGGACACACUCAUUGACUCUACACGAGAGGAAGCACUAGAGGAGGCCCAUGAUAUAUACGAGAAGAAGUUUGGCAAGGACAGUGCCAAGGAAGACGAAAAGGCAUUCUUGGAGUUGUUCUACAAAAUUCUCAAAGAGAAGGAGCAACAAAUGGAUAAGAUGUACGAAAAGCAAGAUGAAUUGAUUGCGAAAGAAACAGAACGGCAGCGUCAAAAGAGCGAAGCUGAAAAAGAGGCAUGGAUGCUUGAGAAAGAAGCUGCUCGAAGACGCAGGCGGGAACUUGCCCAAGAAGCAAAGGAAAAAGAGCGACAAGACAAGCUUACGGCAGCGUCGAAAGCCGCGUCCAGUCGGAAGCUCAGCAGUAGUCCAGCAAAAAAGAAAAAGCCAAAGAAGAAAGUUGCUGCGGAGAAACUGAAACGUACCCAGACCGAGGCUGAUGAACUGCGAGAAAAGUGGAACAAGGCGCGCUCAAAGACUAGGGCGGCCAAGAAGAAAAAUCCUGAGUCAUAUGAUAAGCUUAAAGGGGAAGAAGACAGUUUGUUCAAUGACUGGGUUGCGAAGAAAGCAGAAGUGAAAGAAGCUGAAAUUGAAGCGCAGAAGGAAGCCGAGGAGUCUCAAGAAGAAGUGAAUCCAGAAGAUGGGGCAUUUGGAUCCGUCGAGGAUGUUUGGGCCGCUUUAUCAGAACUCGAAGAGGAAGCAGCACAAAUUGCCAGGGAUGGUUAA